GUGAGAGAGAGAGUGAGAGAGAGAGAGAGAGGAGCCCGGAGGAGAGAAGCGUCCUGCCGCGGCGUUGCUCCGCCGUAUCUCUUACGCGAAAGCAGGCGCGAUCGCGCGCGUACCGAAACUCACCCCCUUCGUCUCGGAGGGCGCCACCCUAGCGGAGGGUGCUCGGCGCGGCGGCGUUCCGCGUCUCGGCCGAUAUCCGGACGAGUGUGCUCUGGCCACGGAAGUAGCAGCCGCGCGCGACGGAGAAGUGCACGCCCGGACUCGGCGUUUCCUUCGACCUGGAGUAGCUGUCGUGUUGCAGUUUUUUGUGAGCCGCGCGCCGAUCAUUAUCCGGGUCGCGUCGGUAUACGUUCCGCGAGGAGCGGUGCGCCGCGGUUUCCGUUGGGACAACUGCGGGUGAAAGUGUACCCGCGAGUACAAGUGUCAAAGAGAGAGAGAGAGAGAGAGAGAGGGAGGGAGUGAGGAAGAGAGAGAGAGAGAGAGAGAGAGAGAGCGAGAGAGAGAGAGGGAGAGACCUGUCAGUUUCAUGGGACGACGUAUCGCAGUUCCGGUAUCGCCAACUACCAGCAGCACCGGUUCCGGUGAGCGCGGUUAGCCUGGUGUAAUUCGACGAGGGAGCGAGAGAGCGAGCGAGCGAGUCCCGUCACGCUGACACGCCGCUCGAAUUUCGCGGUCACUUGGCCGAUCCGGAUACGUCGCGUCGGCUGGCUGCUGAGCGCGAGCCUGUUUCGCUGCUGCCUGCUGGGGUGCUUCGAAGGUGCUGAAGAUUGUAGAUACCGGGGAGUGUCGCAGGUGCGAAGGUACUCAGCUCGUCAGCCGGGGGUGGCAAUUGUGCUGGUGGUGUGUCCUCGCACUCCUGCGCAACGCUUGGAGCACCGAGUGUCCUGGGGAGGAGCCGUUCUCUCUCCGUGUGGGGCGCAUUAGCACCUGGCUCUCUCGCUUGGCGUCAGCACUGAUGCUCUAGUAAAGGCACCGGCGUACCGAGAGCGCGAGAGAGCGGGCGAGUAGCACAAGCAGAGCAGGAUGUGGCGAGCACGGGUCGUCGUCUUCCUACUGGCAGCCACUUCCGUCGCCUACGCCAAGGUGGCAGUGCUGCCGCACGAUGUCCACCCCGGCUACGAGGUGACGCAAUUCCAGGGCGACGCGAGGAGCCUCUCCAACUUUCGCCUGCUGGAGACCGGCUUCUCCAAGUACUUCACCGUGUUGGGCAACGGUCUGGUGAUGACGACGUCAGACCUGACGCCGCUGGUGGAUCGACCGGUAAACCUGGUCGUCUUGGAGGAGCUGGUCAACGGCACAAAGACCCACGAUCUUCACCUCUACGUCAUCAAUCGCCGGAACAUGCUCACCUUCUCGCACGACCGUCUGGGCGAGGGCGGGGUGUCGGAGAACUCGCCGGCUGGGACUUGGAUAGACGGUUUCCCGAUUCUACGGGCGCGCGGAAGUUUCCCGGUGCACUACAAGAUCCUACCGGACGACACUGGGGAACGACCGUUUGCCCUCCGGGAGAACGAGUCCAGCGAGACCGGCUUCAAUCUCACGCUGAACAGCCAGAAGCAAGGCGUCAGGGUGGUGACCGCGAAGCCGUUGGAUCGCGAGGUCCGCGAGCUCUACACCGUCGUCAUACACGCGUCCGACGGCAACUUCAUCAGCACGUCGAAGAUCAGCGGCGUCGUACACGUGCUCGACCGGAACGACAACAGCCCGAUCUUCGAGCGUGAGCUCUACAUCUUCGAGAUAAGACCGACCAAUCUGGACACCCUGCACAAAGGCAACGAGGUUUCACCCGGCUGGAAGAGGUUUUCCGUCGUCGGCAAGGUCACGGCCAAGGACGCCGACGGAGACAAAAUCGCGUAUAAAUUAGUCACGCCUAGCAGCCUGAUGAUCGUCGUGCCUCAAACCGGGGAACUAAUACUAGUCGGCGAGCCGGAAAUCAACGCGGAACAAGACAGCGAGUGCGAGCUGGUCGUCGAAGCGCACGAUAUACGUACGCCAAGUCGCAACACCGAGAAACCGGCCAAGGUCAUCGUGAGGUUCCUCACCUCGGAACCGGACGACCAGCAGGAAGUGCACCGGAUACAAAAGCGGAGGGUCACCAGGGCGGUGCGGCCUACGAAGAAGGUCGACUUUACGGAGGCGGAUGGUAACAUCGAGGGUAAGAUCGCGUUUUACCUGGAGAAGGAGAACGAGAAGGAGACCUAUAAGAUAAGGGACGAGAACAAGUGGGUCACCGUCGGCGCCAACGGGUCUGUCAUGGUCAAGCAGAAGUGGGACUACGAGGAGCUGGGCCCCGAAAAAACUAUCGACUUUUGGGUUACCAUCACGAACACAGAGCCAUGCGCGCGAUACCCAGCCGGUGUCAGGUGCCCGUUUUACGACGAUACCGACAAUCAGCGCGUCAUCAUCAACAUGAAGGAUGUGAACGACGAGCCUCCGUAUUUCAUUAACCGGCCCCUACCGAUGCAAACGGUCGUUCAGCUGAACGCACCGCCGAACACUCACGUGUUCACCCUUCAGGCGAGGGAUCCUGACACCGACCACAACAUCCAUUACUUCAUCGUGCGAGAUCGAACUGGCGGCCGCUUUGAGGUCGACGAGAGAUCGGGGGUGGUACGCACUCGAGGUACCGACCUCUUUCAGUUGGAUAUGGAGUACGUCCUUUACGUGAAAGCCGAGGAUCAGAACGGCCGUAUCGACGAGAGGCGUUUCCAGUCGACUCCUGAGGAGAGACUAUCGAUCGUCGGUGGAAAACGCGCACCGCAGUUCUAUAUGACGGCGUACGAAGCCGAGAUACCGGAAAACCAGAAGAAAGAUUCCGACAUAAUAUCGGUGAAAGCCAAGUCGUUUGCCGAUCGGGAGAUACGCUACACGCUGAAGGCGCAAGGUCAAGGAGCCGCGGGAACGUUCAACAUCGGACCCACUUCUGGAAUCGUGAAACUUGCGAAAGAACUGGAUUUUGAGGAUCUACGGCAACCCCACAUUUAUUCUCUGAUAGUGACAGCAACGGAGGACUCUGGUGGUUUCUCGACGUCGGUCGAGCUAACGAUUCGGGUGUCCGACGUGAACGAUAACGCGCCCAAGUUCGAGCUGCCGGAUUACCAAGCUCACAACGUUGACGAGGACGUCUCCCUGGGGACGAAUAUACUACGAGUCAAGGCAACCGAUGCUGAUUCGGGGGUGAACGCGGAAAUAGAGUAUCUGGUGUCCGACGACCACUUUAGCGUGGACUCCAACGGUAUUAUUGUCAAUAACAAGCAGCUCGACGCGGACAACAAUAACGCCUACUACGAAUUCAUCGUCACUGCUAAGGACAAGGGCGAGCCGUCGAAAACCGGCACGGCGACGGUGCGGAUAUACACGAAGAAUAAAAACGACGAGGAGCCGAAAUUCUCGCAGCAAGUUUACACGCCGAACGUCGACGAGAACGCCGGGCCGAACACUUUGGUCACCACCGUGGUCGCCUCCGACAAGGACGGCGACAACGUGCGCUUCCGCUUCGUCGGCGGUAACACCACGUCCGGGCAGUUCGUCAUCGAGGAGAUCACCGGUGUGAUCCGUCUCCACGGCAAGGAGAUCUCUCUAGAUCGCGACAAAUACGAGCUGAACGUCACCGCCUUGGACGACGGCGCGUGCUGCCCGAAUGGCGACACCACUAUUCACACGAGCACUGCGGUCGUCGUGGUGUUUAUAACCGACGUGAACGACAACAAACCGGUCUUCAAAGACUGCGGAAUGUAUUACCCGAAAGUGGAGGAAGGCGCGCCGAACGGCAGCACGGUCAUCAAGGUGCAAGCCACGGACGAGGACAAGGGUGUCAAUGGACAAGUCAAGUAUUCGAUCGUGCAACAGCCCAAUCAGAAGGGCACCAAAUUCACCGUCGACGAGGAGACCGGUCAGGUCUUGACUAACAAGGUGUUCGAUCGCGAAGGCGACGACGGAAAAUUCGUAUCCGUCACUGUCAAGGCGACGGAUCAGGGCGAACCCUCGCUGGAAGGUGUUUGCUCGUUUACCGUCGAAAUAACCGACGUGAACGACAACCCGCCGUUGUUCGACCGUCAGAGGUACGUGGAGAAUGUGAAACAGGACGCGAGUAUCGGCACGAACAUACUGAGAGUGUCGGCAUCCGACGAGGAUGCUGACAACAACGGUGCGAUCACGUACACACUGAGCUCGCCGAACAACGACCAGGGUCUGGAAUACUUUGAGAUUCAACCAGAGUCUGGUUGGAUCGUGUUAAAGAAGCCUCUAGACCGUGACAGCUAUCGCCUACGAGUACGGGCCUCCGACAGAGGGAUGCCAGUCUUGUCCGCAGACGUGGACGUUGAGUUAGACGUCGUAGACAGAAACAAUAAACCACCUGUGUGGGAUGCGAAUGUAUACGGCCCCAUUCACAUCAAAGAAAAUGUCACAGUGGGUACUGUAGUGACGUCGGUGAAAGCCAGCUCUGGAAUCGACAAUAAUCCGACGGUCUUUUACCACUUAAUGCCCGGUUCCACGGCGCAGACCAACAAGUUUCAUACGUUUUACCUUCAGCAACGCGCCGAGCAAUCCGUGACUUGGGCUGACAUUAAGGUUAACCACCCGUUGGACUACGAGAGCAUAAAGGAGUAUAAUCUCACCAUACGAGUGGAGAAUAAUGGAGCUCAACAGCUGGCCUCUGAAGCGACCGUGUAUAUUAUGCUGGAGGAUGUUAACGACGAGAUACCACUGUUCACUGAACGAGAACAGGAGACCGUACUCGAGGGUGAACCAGUUGGUAGCAAAGUCACCCAGGUGAACGCCAUCGACAAGGAUGGGACAUUCCCUAAUAAUCAGGUCACGUAUUACGUGGUAGACAGCGACAGGAACGAGGGCAAGGAUUACUUCGAGAUCAACAGGGAGACCGGCGAGAUCUUCACAAAAGUAAUGUUCGAUCGCGAGAAGCAAGGAGCUUACGCCCUGGAGGUAGAAGCCAGAGACGGAGCACCUUCCGCGCGACCUAACAGCAACGGCCAACCUAACUCAGUAACGAAAUUCAUUCGCAUUGGGAUAGCCGACAAGAACGACAAUCCCCCGUACUUCGACAAGGGCCUCUACGAGGCUGAGGUAGACGAGAAUGAGGACAUCCAACAUACGGUGCUCACCGUUACCGCCAAAGAUCACGAUGAGUCCUCGCGUAUUCGAUACGAGAUCACGAGCGGGAACAUAGGCGGUGCGUUCGCCGUGAAAAACAUGACCGGCGCCAUUUACGUCGCGGGUGCGUUGGACUAUGAGACGAGGAAGAGGUACGAGCUCCGGCUUACUGCCUCCGACAACUUGAAGGAGAAUUACACGACUGUUGUAAUUCACGUGAAGGACGUGAACGACAACCCGCCCGUCUUCGAGCGACCAAAUUACAGGACACAAAUUACCGAGGAGGACGACAGAACUCUGCCGAAGCGCGUCCUCGGGGUCACCGCCACCGACGGAGAUAAGGACCGACCGCAAAACAUCGUCUACUUCCUGACCGGACAAGGCAUCGACGCCGAUAAUCCCACCAACAGCAAGUUCGAUAUCAACCGCACGACCGGCGAGAUCUUCGUCCUGAAGCCGCUGGAUAGAGACCAACCGAAUGGCCGGCCGCAGUGGCGGUUCACCGUGUUUGCACAGGACGAGGGCGGAGAGGGUCUCGUGGGUUACGCCGACGUGCAAGUUAACCUCAAGGACAUCAACGACAACGCCCCGAUAUUCCCGCAGGGGGUCUACUUCGGCAACGUCACCGAGAACGGCACCGCAGGAAUGGUGGUGAUGACGAUGACGGCCGUGGACUACGACGACCCGAGCGAAGGCACGAACGCGAGGCUCGUCUACUCCAUCGAGAAGAACGUGAUCGAGGAGGAGACCGGCUCGCCGAUCUUCGAGAUCGAGUCGGACACCGGCGUAAUCAAGACCGCGGUGUGCUGCUUGGACCGCGAACGCACCCCGGAUUAUUCUAUACAGGUCGUCGCGAUGGAUGGAGGGGGGUUAAAAGGGACCGGGACGGCGUCGAUACGAGUGAAAGAUAUAAACGACAUGCCGCCGCAGUUCACCAAGGAGGAGUGGUUCACCGAAGUGGACGAGACGGAAGGGCCGGAUCUGCCGGAAAUGCCGAUACUCACCGUCACCGUCCACGACGAGGACGAGACCAACAAGUUCCAGUACAAGGUGAUCGAGAGCAGCGGCUACGGCGCCGACAAGUUCACCAUGGUGCGGAACAACGACGGCACGGGGUCGCUGAAAAUUGUACAGUCGCUGGAUUACGAGGACCAACUGCAGAGCAAUGGCUUUAGGUUUAGGAUACAGGUGAACGAUAAGGGCGAGGACAACGACAACGACAAGUAUCACGUUGCCUAUUCCUGGGUGGUUGUGAAAUUGCGAGAUAUCAACGACAAUCAGCCGCAGUUCGAGAAGGCCAACAUCGAGACCAGCGUUGCGGAGAACGCUCGAAUAGGCAGUACCUUGGAAACUUUCAAGGCCACCGACCCGGAUCAAGGUGGGAAGAGCAAGGUCUCCUAUUCCAUCGACAGAAGCUCCGAUCGAAAGCGACAGUUCUUCAUCAACGAAAACGGCACAGUGUCGAUUCAGAGAAGCCUCGAUCGCGAGGAGACUCCUCGACAUCAGGUGAAAAUUUUGGCGAUCGACGAUGGAAUACCGCCCAAAACCGCGACCGCCACUCUGACAGUCGUCGUGCAGGAUAUCAACGAUAAUCCGCCCCGAUUCCUCAAGGAUUAUCGUCCAGUUUUGCCGGAAUACGCACAAACUAAAAAAGUCGUGGAGAUCCUCGCUACCGACGACGACGACCGAUCGAGGAGCAACGGCCCGCCGUUCACUUUCCGGAUGGAUCCUAACGCAAACGACGUGAUCCGAGCUAGUUUCAAAGUAGAGAGCGACAACAAGGGCGCCAACGGAGACGGAAUGGCCGUGGUGUCGUCUUUACGGUCGUUCGACAGGGAACAGCAAAAGGAGUUCUUGAUUCCCAUCGUCAUCAAGGACUCUGGCAAUCCUUCCAUGUCUGGGACCAGUACCUUGACCGUCAUCAUAGGAGACGUUAACGACAACAAGAUGCAGCCUGGCUCGAAGGAAAUCUUUGUGUAUAACUACGCAGGACAAUCGCCCGACACCGAGAUAGGUAGGGUGUACGUGUACGAUCUGGACGACUGGGAUCUGCCGGAUAAAAAGUUCUACUGGGAAGGACUGGAGCACAACCAAUUUAAGCUCGACGAGGACACGGGCAUGAUUUACAUGAAAUCGGGCACGCACGACGGCAAGUAUCAUCUGCGGUUCAAGGUUUACGACCGGAAGCACACGCAGACGGACGUGCCAGCGAACGUGACCGUCACCGUCAAGAGCAUCCCGCACGAAGCGGUGCUGAAUUCGGGCUCGGUUCGGAUAUCCGGGAUAACGGAUGAAGACUUUAUCCGUGUCUGGAACUAUCAGAAUCAAACACUCAGUCGAAGCAAAGUGGACCUGUUUAGGGACAAGCUGUCGCACUUGCUGAACAUAGACCGAGACAACGUGGACGUCUUCAGCGUGCAGUUGAGGAGGAUGCAUCCACCAUUGACGGAUGUCAGAUUCGCCGCGCACGGUUCGCUGUACUAUAAACCGGUCAGGCUCAACGGCAUCGUCCUGAUGCACCGCGAAGAGAUCGAGAAAGACGUGGGCAUCAAUAUAACUAUGGUCGGCAUCGACGAGUGUUACUACGAGAACGAGAUGUGCGAGGGCAGCUGCACAAACACCCUCGACAUCAGCAGCUUGCCGUACAUGGUGAACGCGAACAGGACCGCGCUCGUCGGUGUGCGUGUCGACGUGAUAGCCGAGUGUACCUGCGGGGCGCGAAACUUUAGCAAGGGCGAGUCCUGCAGGAACAGCCCCUGCUACAAUGGCGGACGUUGCGUGGAGGAUCGCUUCGGUUUAUCGUGUCAGUGUCCAUCCGGUUACAACGGACCGAGGUGUCAACAAACCGCCAGGAGCUUCCGUGGCAACGGUUGGGCAUGGUACCCCGCCUUGGAGAUGUGCGACAACAGUCACCUGAGCUUCGAGUUUAUCACGAGAAAGUCCGACGGGCUGUUGUUGUAUAACGGCCCGAUCGUUCCUCCCGAAUCCGACGAGAUAAUGGUUUCCGAUUUCAUCUCGGUCGAGUUGGAACGCGGUAUACCGAGGCUGCUGAUUGACUUUGGAUCCGGCACCUUGGAGCUGAAAGUGAAACCGAAGAAAACCCUGGACGACGGCGAAUGGCAUCGACUCGACAUUUUCUGGAACACGGAGACCGUGAAGCUCAUCAUCGACUACUGCAAGUCUGCGGAGAUAUCCGAGCUGGAGGACGGCAGUCCGCCAGAGUUUAACGACACCAGUUGCCAAGCUCAGGGCACGGUGCCGCCGUUCAACGAGUACCUGAACGUAAACGCGCCACUGCAGAUCGGUGGCCUCUACGUGGAGCAAUUCGACCCGACGCACUACAAGUGGAAGCACAUGCCGGUGGGCAAAGGUUUCGACGGCUGCAUCAAGAAUCUCUUCCACAACAGCAAGCUGUACGACUUGGCUCACCCCGGCCUGUCGCGGAACAGCGUCGCCGGUUGUCCCCAGACCGAGGAGAUCUGCAACAACCAAGAGUCGACGUUCCGCUGUUGGGAGCACGGCACCUGCGUAGGUAGCUUCACCGAGGCGAGAUGCCAGUGCAAUCCCGGCUGGACCGGUCCAGGCUGCAUGACACCGACUAUCCCGACCACCUUCAAGCCUCAGAGCUACGCCAAGUACGCGUUGUCUUUCGAGCCCGACAAGUACUCGACCCAGGUACAACUGAGAUUCCGUACUCGGGAGAUCCACGGCGAGCUGUUCAGAGUGAGCGACCAGCACAACAGGGAGUACGCCAUCUUGGAGAUCAAAGACAGCAGACUGCACUUCAGAUAUAAUCUGAACAGUCUUAGGACGGAGGAGCGGGACAUCUGGCUCUCGGCGAUAGCCGUCGACGAUGGACAAUGGCAUACGGUGAGAGUGUCCAGGUACGGGUCCGCGGCGACCUUGGAACUGGACGGUGGCGAGGGACGGAGAUUCAACGAGACCUUCUCCUUCGAAGGCCAUCAGUGGCUCUUGGUGGACAAGCAGGAAGGAGUCUACGCGGGCGGUAAAGCGGAAUACACUGGCGUUCGUACGUUUGAGGUUUACGCGGAUUAUCAGAAAGGAUGCUUGGACGACAUAAGAUUAGAAGGGAAACACCUUCCUCUACCUCCUGCCAUGAACGGAACCCAAUGGGGCCAGGCGACGAUGGCGCGGAAUCUGGAGAGGAACUGUCCGUCGAACAAACCAUGCGCCAACGUCAUCUGCCAGGACCCCUUCGAAUGCAUCGAUCUUUGGAACGAGUACGACUGCACUUGCGGAGAGGGAAGAAUCCCGUCGCCGGACAACAAGGGUUGUAUGGACAAGAACGAGUGCAUCGAUUAUCCCUGCCUGAACGGUGGCAGGUGCAUCAAUCAGGACCCACGAUUCCGAUACCGAUGCAUCUGUCCCGACGGCUUCUGGGGUGAGAACUGCGAGCUGGUCCAGGAAGGACAAACGCUCAAGCUGAGCAUGGGCGCACUGGCGGCCAUCCUCGUCUGCCUUCUCAUCAUACUCGUGCUCGUGUUGGUGUUCGUCGUUUACAACAGAAGACGAGAGGCGCAUAUAAAGUAUCCCGGGCCGGACGACGACGUGAGGGAGAACAUCAUCAACUACGACGACGAGGGCGGCGGAGAGGACGACAUGACCGCGUUCGACAUCACACCCCUGCAGAUCCCGAUCGGCGGUCCGAUCCCGGAAAUGGGCGGCAAGCUGCCGCCGUGCAAAGUGACCUGUACGUUAUGUCUAUUUCGACUCGCCACGAAAAUCUCGCGAGAGCCCAUGAGCGAUCACGAACGUUAUCUUUCAGAUCCGCUCGGACCGGAGCCGAACGUCGGCAUCUUCAUCGAGGAUCACAAGAAGAGGGCUGACAGCGACCCGAACGCACCUCCCUUCGACGAUUUACGAAAUUACGCGUAUGAAGGCGGCGGAAGCACCGCGGGUUCUCUGUCAUCAUUAGCUUCCGGUACGGACGACGAACAACACGAGUACCAGUACCUAGGCGCCUGGGGUCCCAGAUUCGACAAACUGGCCGACAUGUACGGGCCCGCGGAGGAGAGCGAGGAGGAGGACUAAUCAGCGCCGAGUACACCGCAACUGAGCCUCCACACCGCACCGCACCGCAUCGAGUCACGCGAUCCAUAUCAUCCGAAUGAGUGCUCGUGCGACCUCAACCGAGACGACCUGAUGACGGCCGUCACAUCGGCUCCGGGAAUCCAUCGCGAACUAUCCAGGAGAUCCCGAAGGACGGAGGGCGCACCUCCCUCGGCCGAGAGUGACGAGUUCUCAAGGGACAGGGAGAGACAGCUUCCUCGUAGUCGUUGUGUGUCUAGUGAAAGUACUAUAAGACACGUGACGCGUCGUCGUGUCACCCGCGGUGCGCACGUGUACACGAGGGAAGACACACACACACACACACACUCACAACAUACCUACACACCUAGACACCCACACAUAUACACACUCAAACGGGAGAAAGGACCCUGCCGAGGGUCAAAGGUGCAAAACGAACGUUGCAAUAAUGCGAUGAUACACGUAGAGGUGGUAUAUAACGAGACAAGAGAGAGGGAGACAAGUCGCAUUACCUAUCUGUAUAGUACGUAAUACGUAAAAACGUAGUGAAAUCCAAAGAUAAGCGCGAGACUUUUUCUAACGGAUACCACCCUCCCCGGUCGCGUAGGUUUCGCUCAUCGGUCACCGUAAAAACUAUCUCCACGCAUACACUCAAAUAUACAUAUAUACGUAUAAGUAUAUAUCGCGUCGUUGUCGUCAGUGUCGGAUCGUAGAUCGGCGUGUCGCCUCGCGCACAGCGGGAUCGUUUAUUUAUUUAUUUAUCGUCGCGAAUCGGACGAACGCGUUAGAUGUGUUGUAACGACGGUAAUCAUGGGCAUUCAGACACACGCAAACGCACACAUAUACGAUA